AGUUAAACGAUAAUAAACAACGUGUUUUAAUAGAAUUUUCAAUAUUGUAAGUGUCGAUUGAAUAUCUAAUAAGUAAAAGGCGGCGCAUUCUUUUUCGGAUGAAGUUAUGACCAUGCAGAUGCUAUAUAAAUAAAAUGUGACCGAACUUGGCCAAUCCGGGUUCUAAUUUUUUGUAUUCAGAUAAGUGGCGAUCAGUAACUAUUGUUGCUAGACAGAACUCGGUUAGCAGGCAUUCUGGUAAUCAUGCUUUAGCCAUCUUAGUCAACAUUACCUAGUCACACUCUUAGGGGGGCUAACUACCGACUUUUUUUAUCGGUGGAAGCUAUUACAUACAGUUUUAUUGGGCUGUGAAGCGAGUGCACAUCGGAGUGGAGCUAUUGCAGUAUGGCAGCAUCGAGCUUUCGUACCUGUAGCCGUUUUAAUUUAGAGGAGACGGGGUGACAGGCUCUGCCUCCUUCUCUUCUCUCUGUCUUCUAACAAAAAAGAAUUACCUACUUCCUAAGGAAAAAGUAUAUUAUCCCCCUAAAAAACUAUAAAUAAUAAGUCUUUGAUUAAAAGUGACGCAGUCGCUAUGAUAGAAAUGUCUCUUUCUCAGAUCCAUACAUUCUUUAUAAUUAGUUUUACCAGUGUUUUUUAAUCAUUUAUAAAGUGUUGGCAAAGGGUUUUAUAACAUGCUAAAAUAUGGAACUGACAAAAUUGGGCAAACAGAUUCGAACCGUUUCAGUUUCUCUGUUAAGAAACCUCCAAAGCGAGAUGAAAAGGACGUUACUGCCAAAAUAAUUGGGGAUUUCGGCAAAUGGCAAUUCAAAAUAAGUAUCUUAAUGGCUGUCUUAAAGUUUCCUAUAGCUUGGUAUCAGUUAAAUAUAAUAUUUAUGGCACCACCUCAAGACUUCUGGUGCCAAAAGCCGGCAGUGUUUAAGAAGUAUACGGAAAGAGAGUGGAGAAAAAUUUGCUGCCCACGUGUAGAAGAACACCCAUGUUUAAUAUUUGAUCCAGAUUUACUCAUUCUUGACCCUAACAUGGAUAAGACACUGAUACCUUUGGUGCCAUGUCCAAAAUUUAUUUACGAUACGAGCGUAUUUAAACGCACUAUCACUUCAGAUUGGAAUCUAGUUUGCACUAAACAUUGGCUAACACACGUUUGCCAGGGUGUGAUGAUGUGGGGAAUAGUUUUGGGAGGUAUAAUUUUUGGCGUAUGGGCCGAUAAAUAUGGUCGUCAGUUCCCCCUCAUGAUGGGAAUAAUUAUUCAGGCAGUCGCUAGUUUUAUCGCCAGCGUUAUACCAUGGUACUGGCUCUUUUUGUGUAAUUGGUUCAUUCUAGCGUUGGCUUCUGGUGGCAUUGGUAUUAUAUCUUUUGUUAUAUCCAUGGAGGUGGUUAGUGGCAAGUGGCGGACUAUAAUACCAGUAAUCUACCAACUACCGUUCGGAUUAGGAAAUGCAGUGAUGGCAAGCCUGGCCUACUGGUUUAGAGACUGGAGGAAGUUAGAAUUCGCAUUGGCUUCUCUAUCAUCAAUAUACAUAAUUUAUUGGUUAUGGGUACCAGAGUCACCAAGGUGGCUGUUAGCAACAGGACAAACAGAAAAGGCUUCGGAAAUUUUAAAAGAGAUUGCGAGGCAGAACGGCCGCGACUUAACUUUGAGAGAGAUUAGACAGUUAAUACGAGAGCAUGAAGUCCAACGUGAACCGGAUCCGGGCUUUAUGGCUUUUCUGAGAUCUAAAAAUAUGAGAGUAAAAACUCUAUUGCUUUCAAUGAAUUGGUUUUGUACUGGUUUAGCGUUUUACGCCUUUGCACAGUAUUUAGGCUCAAUCGGAGGGAACAUUUUUAUGGCGGUAGCCUUAACUGGAGUCAUUUCAACACUGGGAGGGUUUACAUGCAUCUUCGUAAUAACUAGAUACGGAAGAAAGACGACUGUCGGCUUGUAUCAAUUGGUUACAUCUAUUUGCUUUGUUCUUAUAUUGAUGAUACCAAGAUCAAAAUAUUCAAAUGACUGGCCGAGGCUAUUGUUUGCUGGAAUAGGUUUCGCAGGAAUGGCGGGCACAAUACCUGCAUUAUAUUUAUUCUCGGGAGAAUUGUUUCCUACUUUGGGGCGUAAUGUUGGUGUUAGCGGAGUAACAACCUUUGCCCGCGUAGCUUCAAUGGUGGCUCCGGCAAUCGUCACUUUGGACAGCUUUCUUACAGACCUUCCUCUGAUUAUAUUAACAUUUAUAUCAUUCGCUCAAAUGUUAAUGUUAUUGCCUUUGCCCGAAACCAAAGGUUCACCAUUGCCUGAUACCUUAGAGCAAGCUGAACAGUUUUAGAACAAGUUUUGUGCAAGAUUUGCUUUAGUUGGGUAGCUAAAGUUAGGAAAAUCCAAGAACUACGACUACCUUCAGCAUGUGAAAAGAGCGGAAGCUAUGGCGAGUACUAGCCAAUCGAUAAGAAUGGUAAUUACCGACACAAGUUCGGCCUUGGAGGACUUUCCGAGAGCGUAAACCAACUCGGACAAUAGCAUCCAAACCCAAAACUCUUUUUACGGACAAUACCUAUCUACGGUUUUGGUUCUAGUAAGCCUGUGCCGGGUUUUCUUGUAUGCAACCAGAAAGAUGCUAGGAAUACGAGUUCUCUACGGCAAAUAAUUGGCAUCAGACAAUACCUAGCUAAAUGAAAAAUGUAAGUAGAUAUUGCAAAGCACUCGAGAAAAGAGGGAAAUGCGAGGAGAAAUAGUGAUAUUCUCUAUGAAUCGAAGACUACAUUUAUGUACUUGCAUAGAAUUUAUUUUUAUUUAUUUCAUAUUUCAGAUUAAGCUUUUUGAAAGUAAUUUAUUUAUAAUAUCGUGUACCUGCACUUUAUAGAAUAUUAGGUAACUAGUAUAGGUAAGUGCUAAGGUACCUGACCCAAGACACUACUGUACAAGAAAUAAUAGGAAAAAAGCACCGCGAGUUUUUUGGCAAAA